AUGAGUCAAAUUUAUUCUUCGCUUCCAAAGACAAAGGGAAAGGUUGUUUUGGUCACAGAUUGUGGUGAUGUUGAAAUUGAAUUAUUUUCUAAAGAAGCUCCAAAGGCUUGCAAGAAUUUUGUGCAAUUGUUGAAUAAGUUGGAAGCCUUAAAUUUUAAGCAUACAAUAUUUGGACAGGUUGUUGGAAAUACAAUAUUUAAUGUGUUAAAAAUUGCAGAGCUGGAAGUGGAUCAAAAUGAUCGUCCUACUUAUCCUCCAAAGAUUAUUCGAGCAGAGGUGAUCAUUAACCCAUUUGAUGAUAUUGUUCCAAGAAAAAAGGGUGAGACUGCUACUUCUUCAACGCACAAGAGAAAGAAACAACAAAACAAAAACAUUCUUUCAUUCUCUGAUGAAAUAGAUGAACAUGAAGUGUCCAGCAAGAAACAGAAAAAAGAACUUCAAAAAUUGGAAAAAGAAUUGUCAGAAGUGGAUACUCUGGAUGAUGACACAACGACCGUGCCUGUACGAAAUACUAGCUCUUCUUCUACUCAAAAUGUUAAUCAGCAGCUAUGGAAGAGUCAUCGACGUCUCACAAUAUUCGCACAGACAUUGAAGUUUCACAACAGCAAGACAACUCAUCAGUCGAAAGCAAGUUUUCAUCUCUGA